UUCCAAAGUGGAGAUUAUUUUGGAUGGUGUAGCACAAGAUGUAGAUGUAGAUAUAGGUAUGUGCCAAAUUGGGUAGCUUUAUCUAAUCACUGAAGAGAAUGUAUCCUCAGAGAAUAUAGUCCCAGCUUCCAGUACUGUAAAAUAUUCUUCCUGUCAUGUAGAAUCCCACUGCUGAGUAUCUAAUUUUGACAUACCUUUGCUUUUUAAAACAACAUAGUCAAGAGUUGAUAUGACCUUUGGAAUGACUCUCUUCUUGGUUAUGUUUUGGCAGUGAUGUACCCAGCAAAGAAACCUGGCAAAGCUUGCUCAUGAACCAGAAAAGAAUUGUUUGUGGAAGGAAAGCAUACAAAUAGAACACAAACCCAAGAGUGAAGCAAGUGAUGUCUCAGUACUAGACCCCACUGCUCAAAGGCACUUCAUCUUCUGUUACACUGUGCUAUUAUUUCUUGUGAAACUGAGUGGCUCGGUGCUAUGCUGGAAAGUUCCAGGGUCUUGGAACACCAUUUCUCUGUUCUUCAAAAGGCCAUUCAGCUGCUAACCGAACUUGGAGAGAUCCUAAAGGGUUGUUCUCCAUCCCGCCCACAUUGAUUAACAGUUUCUUUUAAAAUAGGGUGGUUCCCCAUCCCCACACAGCAUUCAAGAUGUUCUUUACAGGAAAAGUGUCCUUAAAACUUUGGCUUUUAGUACAGUUGGGAUCAGGAGUAAUGUUUGGAAGAGCAGAAGAGUGCCAUGAUACACAGGGAACCAUGAAUGCUACGGGUGUGUAUAUGUCACGUGGAUCAGCUGUGACACUUUCCUGCUGGCUGAACAGUGGUGGACAGUGCAGUCUGCAGGGCAUGCACAAGAUAUCUAUUUUACAAAAUCACUCAGAGAUCAGCAGCAGCAGUGGCCUUUCAGUUAGUGCUCACAUUUCACUGCACAGAUUUGGGAGGCAGAUCUUUGAAUGCCAGUGUCCAAAGGAACGGACAUCACUGCUCAUAUGUGGAAUCUACAUUUAUGUCGGAAUUCCUCCAGAUCAGCCAAAAAAUAUAUCCUGCAUCCAAUAUGGAAAAAAUGGAUAUACUACUUGUUCAUGGGACAAAGGACAUUAUACCUAUCUUGAUACUAGCUAUAUGUUACAGGUAACCAAUGGAUUUACCAACAAAACAUUUUUGCAAGAAGACAUUUUCACCCGCAGCUCGAUAGAGCUCAAAGAAAAGUUGGACUUCAACUCUACCUACACACUUGUAGUUACUGCCACAAAUGGACUGGGGGAAUCUGCAUCCCAACCAUUUCAGUUCAAAUUAAUAGACAUAGUGCCACUUGAACCCAUUGAUGUCUGGUAUUCAAAGGAAGAUGUGUCUUCACAUAUGCAGAACAUCACCCUUUUCUGGAAGGCAAUGAGUACAUCAGAAAGAAGGAAAAGCUAUAAUUACAGUGUGAUAUUCCAUGCCCUGAAUCAGAAGCAUCACAGACUAGUAGAAACAGAUUUUACAACAUAUACAAUUUUCUCACGAGUCACUCUUAAGACUGAUUACAACAUAACAGUUCAUUCUUGUAAUUCACGAGGAAUAUCCCCACCUAUCUCCAUCACCACUAAACUAGAAAUUACAGAUCUGCCACCUCCUAGCCAGCUCUCUGCUGUAUCAAUGGGAAACAGCAGCAUCACUGUGGCAUGGAAAGCACCUCUUGCAUCUUCCUCUUUUAUCAAUGGGUAUGUAGUGGAAUGGGAAGAAUUCCAUCAAAGGAACCACUCGAAAAGCCACCCAACCUGGACCAAAGUUCCUGCAUUCAACUUUACAGUGAUACUAGACAACCUUAAGCCUAAUGUUUGCUAUUACAUCAGCAUAUUUGCAAUUUAUCAGAACAGAGCAGGGAGAGCAGUUUCCACUACAGAAAAUGUGUCAGCAAAAGCCCCAUUAACAGGACCUCACAUUAAUGCAACAGUAAAAGGAGAGAGCAUUUUAGUCUCUUGGGAAGAAAUUUCUGAUAAUCAACAAAUGGGCUGCAUUGUUAACUACAAGAUUUAUUUACAGAACCGGUUCUUCACCGUGCCUCCUAAAAUCUAUGAUCUCUCUGCAAGAGACCCACAGCCAUUUCCAGUAGAAAGUAUACAGCCUGGUACUGCAUAUGCUAUAUGGAUGACAGCUUCCACUAUGGCUGGAGAGAGCCCUAAAGGGAAUGAAGAAGUAGUUUACAUAAAGAACAUACACAACUGGCAUCCUGUUCUUGUCAUUGUCAUUAUUGUGGGUCUUUCAGCCUGUGUCUGCUGUGUACCAUCUGCUAGGCAAAAGAUUUUCUCACUCCCCUUUCUUCUCCUGUUUGGGAGGUAUGGUAAAGCUGUUCCAGAUCCAGCCAAUUCGUCAUGGGCUAAAGAAUUCACAUCUGUAAAGGAUGAGCCAAGCUUAUAUUCCUCACAAUUCUUUACGAACCAAAGCAGCUUUGAAGAGCCCCAAACUUUACAAAUAGAGGAAGUUUUCAUAAAAAGACAAUAUCCAGCUUUUGGGGAUGCCCCCAUCUUGAAAACCACAGAGCAAGGAGAAAUGAACACCUGCCUAACAACUUGCAGUUUGCUGGCAGGAAAUCCCACUGUAAAAUGCUUGGAUUAUGAGCCUCUGAUCACCAGCACACCAGCUGACACAGACAAGCAGCAGUUCCUGCCUUUGUACAGAAAAAUUGCAGCUGAAGAAUCGCAUCAGGGACAAGCAUGUUCUGAAUACCUAGCUAAUCCACAAGUGGAUGCAGCAAUAGAUUACUUGCCAACCAUUAUACCUACUCUUAUGGAUAGUGAUGAAAAUAGCACUGAAUCUGAACUCAGUUCAUUGUCUGUUUUUCCAAGAACUUCUUUUCUACCACAAACAUUUUCUUUUGGUGGAAAACUUACUCUAGAUGCUGUAAGAAUGGACUGUAAUUCUUUCACAGACUAAGGCUGCAAUCCUACACCAACAUUUCCAGGUUGCACUGAUGGAAGCAUAUACAAUUAUGCUGAAAGCUAUUAAACCCUCUUGAUGAAACUCCUAAUAUGAGGAUGGCAAAAAGGUUAAACUUCAGGUCCAUAGACAAAAACAAGUUGAAACACAGAGGAGAAGAAUGAUGGAAAUACUUGUGUACAUUGGAACAUCCUGGAUUUCUCCCCCAGCACCUACACAAGUCCACAGGUCUCCAGUGCAUUGCAAACAUCGCUUGUUCACAGUCCAGUGAAUGCAAUCUGUUUCCUUGGAUCAAAGAGAUUGGCAAAUUCCGGAAACAAGGAUGAGUGUAAGACUCAUCCUCUUACAGACACACUUCAUUGACUCUGUGAACUUGUCUUAAGGGUUUAAUGAGACCGUAGUCCUCCUUCAUUCACAAUGUUUUAAAUUUUAAACAGUCUGUUUCCACACACAACCUUUCCAUGUUUUCUCAUCAAUUUUUUUAUCUUACCUUGGAAAAUCUGUUAAAGAAAAAAGCCUUCUGAUUGAUAGAGUUCUGUCAGGAAGUACCCUGAACUAGAACUGCAGAUGACACAUUUAAAUCAACCUCAUUAAUGACACAUUUUACAACCGUCUUUAUUGCUUGGUUUGGAUGAAGGCAAAGUGAGGCCCCACUUUGUAAUUUUAUUUUUAUUGAGUGUUUUAAAACAAAGCCUAAACAGCAAAAAGAGGGUGAGGAUUUAAAGAGGAUUUAAAAAGUCAAAUAAAAUGUUAUAAUUUUCAUAAAAAUUGUAUGAAAAUUUAAAUUUAACAUAAAAUUUAAUAUAAAAUAGAUCCUUGAUAGCACUAUAUACAUAUAUAUUCCCUAUCCCUGUAUAUUUUCUAUGUAGCAAGGUAUUGGUAUAGGUGAUCAUGCAUAAACUACAACAAAGGCAACUGAAAUACCAAU